AAAGCGAUUGCUGAGGGACUUCUUAGAAACUGCUCUGCCAGAAGCGAAGUUCUGUCCUCUUGGUGAGGGUGGCAACGAUUCGUCACUCUCUGUAGAAAUAGCCUUGAUCAAUGAUCCAGCAGGACCCGCGGCCACCGAUGCAGGUCUGAACUUGAAUUAUUGCACUUUCCACAGGCACUGAACGGAAUAGUGUGGCCACACAUUGACAUUCAGCGUAUGGCCUACUUAC